AUGGGCUUCAUGAUGGCUACGUUCUACCUCGUACACUGGCCGGACGACGACAUUCAGGAGAUCACCUGGGAAAUUAUUAGCUCCACCACCAGCAUUUUUGGCGCUUUGCUCUUGUUCCAGGGCUGCAAUCGGGUAGUAAAUUACUACUUCCUUGAUCACGUUGCAGCAUGGCAUCAACUGGCAGUGAACAUGCUCCAUAUGAUGCUGUGGUUUUGCGUGCUGCAGCUCGUCUUGGCAUACUAUUCCGGAGCAGUGGGGCAACAACAGGUGCCCGCCAAGAGGCGAUCAUGGCAGAUGGAGAAGGAGGACGAGUACGAGGUGAUUUGGGGCGAGUGCGUGGCGGAGACGGAAGAUGAAGUCAUCUCCCUCUCUGUGUCAUUCCUCAUUGCGCAAGUGUUCCCGGCAUUCGAAGCAGAAGAACUUUUGCUCGUGCUGAUGUGCUCUUCUCUUACACUGUAG